AACGAAUCCCACGCGUAUGCCUUUAGAAAAAGAUAAUAAGACAUUAAGUAUUCAUAUUCAUAUCUCGGUUAUGUUUGGCGUAAAAUUAUGAAGAUUAUCGAAUAUUAGCGAGUGGAUAGAUAGAAAAACUAAUAUGAUACGAUCCUAAGGCACUUUGUUGCAGGUACUCAGACAUGGACAUGGCACAGUACCGAGUAGAGUCGCUGCCGCAGUACAGGCCGGGCAGCCCGCGCGCCUGCGACUACUGCCGCUGGCGGGCGCGCGACCAGGCGCACUACAAGGAGCACCUCAUCGCGGCACACUCCGACCUCUUGUUCUACUGCGAGGAGUGCGACAAGUACAUCAGUAGGAAGGACUUCAUACUGCACAUGUCGCUGCACGCCACGCAGUACACCUCCGGACAGGACAAGACUGAUAAACGACAGAAAAUUAGGAAAAAAGAAGAUGACGAUGGAAGUAACAGUGAACUGCGACAGAGUACAGAAGACUUGGAUUCAGCGAGCGACGGAAUAAACAACAGCGAGAAUAGCAACCAAGAGAAUGAGUUUUCGGACCACAGCGAUAUGGAUUAUGAGUUUGGUCCUCUGCCUGAGUCCGUGUUCGAAGCUAUAGAAGACUCGCAAGAUAGCCAGCUGCUGGAAAACGAUGAAAAUAACACUGCCGAGAAUGGCCGCGUGAGCGACGAAUCCAACAAGACAAUCCGACUUACUAUCGAAAGGAAUACUAUCAGUAAUAUUAGUAAUACUAUAACGAGUACGGAAAUGCAUAGCCUCAGCAGUUGUGCGGUAACUAUAGAACAUAAUAGCACUCUGUCUGUAACUGUCAGUAGCAAUAUCAUAGCACAUGACACAACAGCCACCGAAGAUAGUAGCAACAGUGGUGCUAAAACACCUGUUAUUAGUUUCACUGGGCCAGGCGAGGAGAGUGACAAAAGUAAAAAGCAAUACCAACAUAAGAAGACCCGCACAUGUCCUAUCUGCGCGAAGGUAUACACUGCGUCGUCCAGUUAUUUCUACCACAUGAAAUACUUCCAUAAAGGAAGCAGAGAACACGAAUGCGAAGUAUGUGGAAAAAAAUUCACAACCAAACCCAGUUUGACACAACACAUGGCCAUCCACAAUGGACAGUAUGACUUACAAUGCAAAGUGUGUGAAAAGAAAUUUAAAUUUAAAGCAAGUCUAUAUAUACACGAACAGACGCAUAGCGGAAAGAAAGUAUGGUCGUGUAGCCAAUGCCACAGGUCGUUUAGAUGGAGAACACAUCUGACGAGACACAUGAAAAGGCACGCGUCGGAGAAAACCCAUGUCUGUGCUACCUGCGGCCGCGGGUUCAGUAUUCGGUGUGACUUACUGAGACAUGCGCGUACGCACACCGUAGGAAACUUCUCUUGUGAUAAAUGUGGGCAGAAGUUUGCUCAACUGCGAUAUUUGAAAGUCCACAUCGCUAGGCAACAUUCGAUAAAUAUUGUGAAAGAAUCUCUGUAAAGACUGAUUUUGUUAUUAGUAUUAAUUGUAGUAAAUUGAAUAAAAGUCACUAAUGUUUAAAUCAUGUACAUAUAUUGCAAUCAGGCUCUCUGUAUUAUGAGCAUGUUUACAUUUUGAUAAUAGAGAAUUACAAAAAUUAAACAAAAAAUGAAUUCAA